AAACGAGUGAAAAUUGUUGAAUCAUUUGGAAUAAAAUCGAAGAUCAAAUUAAACUGAAGAAGAAAUUCCAUCAAAGAGAUACAAAUUUAAAAAAAAAGAAGGACAUACCAUCAUUGCGUGUGAAUUUGUUUUCUUGGAGCACCCCCUGCAUCUUGUAUCCUGUGUUCUGUGGUGUCCUGUGUGAGUCAUCUUCUCACUAUUGACACAAAAAAGGUAUUUCUCGGAUUCGACUAAACAAAAAAAAAGAACAUAAAGAGCAGCAUCCAGCGCACUCUACACCAGCAGAAACAUAUAAUAUCACAUUGGCAUUGGAGCGGCAGAGGAAAUACGAGUACAUAUUUGGCUAAGCUAAAAAGGAAAAAUCUCUGAUUCCGUCUGAUUGUACGAAACACAACCCAAUCAUACGUGUACAUUAAUUUACCUUCUGGAAAUUUGAGAGUGUGUGAUGUGCAUCAGUUUCAGCAGCGGCUGCAAAAGGAGACAUAACCAAAUACCAGAAGCAGCAGCCUGAAGUGUCGUUCGUUGUUUUUUUUUCCGUUUCGUCAACACACAAUGAAUACCGAUGGCAUUUGAGGAACAUCCCUGAGCUCAAAAACUACUCGUUUUACAUAUCCAUCAGCAUCCGAUAUUGUCUUAUCGCAAUUGGGUUCGUGUGGCACACAUAAACAUUGAAGAGCGACUUCAUAAUAAUUGAACUCAUGAGAAUUGAGUAACUGGAGGAACUUCAAGCACUCGUCAUAUUGCUGCACUUUUCAGAAAAGUGAUAUGUAUCCAUCAGCGAAAUUUUCCGCUCGGCCUCCAUCGCCGCAAUUUGUAAAUUUCUCACCACCGUCCGAUUAUCCAUCUGCGGCGACGGCGGCGGUGUCAGCAUCGGCAGGGGCAGCAGCUCUAUCAUCUACGUUAGCUCCUCACCAUCAUUCAAUGUCGAUGCGACAUCCUAAAUCGUCGUCUAAAGCUAUGAUGAUGGGCAGUGAUGGAGACAGCAUUUCAAGCGGAGGCGGUAGAAUGGUCUCGUCAAACACUAUAAGUGGACGAGGUGAUUUAAUAUUCCCCGAUGACAUCGACAGCAUAGAGUUUUGCAUGCCACCAUCGAAUGAUAUGAUGAGAGCUGCCACAAACGCCUGCCACGGGGAUUCGUUUUCAGAACGUCGAAGAAGAGGACACAGUAGAAGAAGCAAUCAAAAAAUUGACACAGAAAAACAGGUUAAAUGGUCAAGAAAAAAUCUAGCGGCAGCGACAAUUGAAAGGUUCGAAGCGAACCAACCUUUGGAAUAUGGUUUUGCUGCUGGAGUCGUUGCGCCAAACAUGCCAUUGGCAAUGACUCCAUCAACAUCUGCGAUGACCCCACUUCACCAGUCAAUGCCAGGAACACCACAACAACAACAACAGCAAGCACCCAUUAAUCAUGUAUACUCGUAUGCAUACUAUGAGCCUGGUGCUGCAAAAUGCCAUACGAACAUACCUCAUAAAGAUAGGCUUUCGCCAAUUCUGCCAAUUCCUGGCCCAUCAAAGAGCCCACCGAGAAAUUCCAUCCGAGCACUGUUAGCGAAAAGUUUCCGUUCGAAAGCAUUUAACGCAGCUCAUUCAUCCGAAGAGCGACAUACAUACACCACAAGGUAUGGAACAACUGAAAAUCUUUACGAAGAGGUAAACGAGCAGAAAAUCCGCAAAGUCUUAUCGGAUAACCGAAUAGGCUCAGCAAAUACUGGUGCAGUGAAAGAAGAACUACGUCGCGUGCAGCAUAACCAUUUUCGUGUCCUUGAUGAGCUUAAUUUGUCGCUAGAAGCACUAAUCAUGCCGCCAACUCCACCUGAUAUAAGUCCCACCCAAGAGGAAAAGCCACCAGCGAUGUCCCAUACCAGUUUGGAAAAUCUGUCCAGCACUUUGAACUCGAUUGAACUGAAGGACCAUACCUGCAUCAAUCCGGAAUUCGAUGAGGGAGACCUGGAUAGCGGAUUCAGUGGCAGUGGUAGUAGUAGUGGUGCUAGUUAUAAUGAAAGCCUUAGAUAUUACAAAACAGGUACACAAUCUGUGAUGCAUACAACAACUCUGCCACAUAAUCUAAGAAGUUGUCGGUCGUCAACAGCCUCUGGUACAUCAACAUCAAAGAGCAGUAUGAAUUCAUCCGAAGACCAAGGUAUUGGUAUGCUAACAUCAACAGCAACAACAUCAUCUUCCUCUCCAUUUAACUACAACAAUCGUCGAUGCUCAGAUGCCCAACGGUCAUCGGCGAGGUCUGCCUCAGCAUCAACUGGUACAAAACCUAAGAAAAACUUCUGGACGAUAAAACCGUGAUGCUAUAAAACCAUAAGAAAAUUCUUUCGUAAAUGGAGUAUUGUGGUGGAAUAUAAUUCGAAGACUGCUUCAUGCCAAGUAAUUCAGUAUCACUGUUCAAAAAAACCACCAACUUUUGGAGAUAUUGAGGACUGUAGACAGCCAUUUUUCUUUAAAUAAGUCGACUACAAAAACAGAAACAAAUCGAUUUUUGGAAUAUUUAUGCUGAGAAAUUUUAUUAAACUUUUAAAUAAACGUGUAUACAAAAACAAAAUAGUAAACGCAAAAAUAGAAUUUUAUUAAAAACAAAAAUAAAAUAAAAAUAAAUUGAACCUGAAGUUAAAACUGCCUAUAACUUAAAAAAGAAAAUAUGAAUAAAACAAAAAAAUCUUGUAAAAAUUAUAAAAAUUCAACUAAAAUUUACUAACUUGAAAUUAUUUUAAACUUAUUGAAAUAAAAUGAAAUUCUCUUUUAAGCGUUUAAAUAUAAAAUAAAAUUUAAACAAUUAAAUUAUUAGUAAUAAUGAAUUAAUAAUUAAGUAAACAAUUAUUAUUAAAAUUUAAGAGAAAAAAUACAACAACCAUAUUAUUAUUUUGUUUAAAUAUAAAAACAUGAAAACUUAAUAUAUCUACAUACUAUUGCUUAAUAAACUUAUUUGAUUUAAAUUUAAUGCAAAUAGUUGUAAUAUUAUCACUAUAUAUAUAUAUAUUCGUUUUUAAGAUGAACAAAAAAAAGACGUAUUUAGUAAUUAUAUAGUAUUUAUAGAAAUAUAUUUACCUAAAUGUAAAUCUUCUGUAUAAAAUGUACAAUUUUUAAACAAAAACACACAAAACAAAAACAGAAAAAAAACAGUAAACUUCCUAGGGAUAUAAUUAUAAAUAUAAUAUAUAAUAGUAUUUUAAAUCCAAUUUAUUAUAAAAUCAAAACAUUCAAACUUUUUGGUAAUCACGGAGAUUCACACGUUAAAUUUAAAAUUAAAAAAAAAAAAAACUGUUUAAAAAAUAAUAAAAUUUAUAAUAAACUCUGUUGAACUUAAAUGCACUUUGUCGUGAAGUAAAAUCUCUCUUUUUUUUUUGAAUUUUUAGCAAUCACAAAUUUAAACCCCGACAUUUAAUAAUACAUCAACAACAAAAACAAAAAACACAAAAAAUAUAAAUGUUUUGAAUGUAGUAAUACCGAAAGUUAAAAGAAAAUUAUUAACCAUUAAAACAGAAAUUAAUCGUUUAAAAGAAAAACAAAAAUUGAAUUCGAAUCUAAGUUAUAACAUGGAGAAAAAAUAUUGUUUUAGAAAUUAUUAUGAAUGGAUAAAUCCAAAAAGCUUAAAAUGUGAUAUUUUGUAAAACUCGAAGAACAUAAAAUAUUAUUAAAGGUUAUAAUUAUUAAAAUAUC